GCCCCGUCCUUUUUGCAUGCGCACACGCCUUUGACUCCUCGAGCCUCCGUCUCUUCCCCUGAUCUGGCUGCUGCUCUUCGUCCGGAAUUCUGUCGCUAUCGCUCCCUGUAUCCUCCCUUCUCACCUCGCGCCACUGCCUUUUUCUGCCACCGUUUGGAGUGGAGAAAACCCAUUCACUGCCGCUCCACUGCUCUUGGACCCCGCAGGUCUGACGCUGCCGGCGCUUUGCUCUUCUUCCUACUUGACAUCACCUGUGAGGAUCUUGAUCGUCUCUAAUAUUGAGGUUGGUUUCUGGAGAGACCUCCUAGCGGCUGUCAGCUUGGCUCGGUACUUUUUUGUCGGCACUUCAGGUCAAAGAACGGGGUCGCGUGGCGACGUUUUCAAAAGCAACAUGUUGAAGAUAUGGUCUAUGAAACAAAAACAGCAACAAGCUGAAAAUGCCGAAGGCGCCGCUGGGAAGAAGAAGAAGAAGGUCACGGCUGCUCAGCUGCGCGUGCAACGAGACCUCAACGAACUCACCCUCGGCAGCACGAUGAAAAUGUCCUUCCCCAACCCGGACGACAUCCUCAACUUCACCCUCACCAUCGAGCCCGACGAGGGCAUGUACAAGGGCGGUGCCUUCCACUUCAGUUUCGCCGUCAACCAGAACUUCCCGCAUGAUCCGCCCAAGGUCAAGUGUUCGCAGAAGAUCUAUCAUCCGAAUAUCGACCUCGAGGGGAACGUGUGCUUGAAUAUUCUGCGCGAGGACUGGAAGCCGGUGUUGAAUUUGAAUGCGGUGAUUGUGGGGAUGCAGUUCCUCUUCCUGGAGCCCAACGCCUCUGAUCCCCUGAAUAAAGAAGCCGCCGAUGAUCUGCGUCAGAACCGGGAUGCGUUCAAGCGGAACGUGCGCACGUCCAUGGGUGGAGGAGCCGUUAGGGGCGUGCCGUAUGAGCGUGUCAUGAAAUGAGAUUGAAUCGAUACCGCAUGUCGCAACGGCAUGGCAAUGGAGACAGGCAGUACCAGCCCCAGCCCUCGGUACUGUGGAUAAGUCAGUCAGUCAGUCAGUCCGGCCUGAACUGAACGAACCGACUGGUCUGGCCUGAUGGCAUUAGAAUUGAAUCCGUGGCGAAUAUCGGAUAUCACGACUAGUUGGAUUGAACUGAAGAAGGAAUGGGAGGAAAGGAGCAGAUCCUAGGGUCUGGUGCAUUUUUAUAAC